GAGGCCGGCGGCGAGCACGGCGAGCUGGGCGGCCACCACUGCCAGGGCCACUCGGACGAGGAGACGCCGACCUCGGACGAGCUGGAGCAGUUCGCCAAGCAGUUCAAGCAGCGCCGCAUCAAGCUGGGCUUCACCCAGGCCGACGUGGGGCUGGCGCUGGGCACCCUGUACGGGAACGUCUUCUCGCAGACCACCAUCUGCCGCUUCGAGGCCCUGCAGCUCAGCUUCAAGAACAUGUGCAAGCUGAAGCCGCUGCUGAACAAGUGGCUGGAGGAGGCCGACUCCUCCACCGGCAGCCCCACGAGCAUCGACAAGAUCGCGGCGCAGGGGAGGAAGAGGAAGAAGCGGACCUCCAUCGAGGUGAGUGUCAAGGGCGUGCUGGAGACGCACUUCCUCAAGUGCCCCAAGCCGGCCGCCCAGGAGAUCUCCUCGCUGGCGGACAGCCUGCAGCUGGAGAAGGAGGUGGUGCGGGUCUGGUUCUGCAACCGGCGGCAGAAGGAGAAGCGGAUGACCCCUCCGGGCGAGCAGCCUCAGCACGACGUGUACUCGCACGGCGUGAAAACGGACACGGCCUGCCACGACCUCUGACCGCGGGCUCCGGCCACGGGACUGCCCGGCCGCGGGACUGCCCGCCGGGCUUUCUUUAACUUAUGGUUUCGGGAGAUGCUGCGGCGAGGGGUGCCCGCCCGCCGCCGCCUCGGCAAUAUUAUUAUUUCUUUUUUAUUUUUUUAUUUUUUUUUUUUUCUCUCUCUCCGCUGAUCACACACGGUGUUUACUCGCAGACAAGGUUUGUUUUUCGGUCUCCGCUAAGACGAAGGAAAAAAAAAAAAACAAACAAA